AUGGCGCUGGCGAAGACAUCCCGGGGUCUAGGACGCAGGGAUACCGAAGCUGCUAGAGUUCUUAGUGCAGCCGUGGCAAAGGAAGAUACAGAUUCAGAAAGUUCACAUUGUACCCACACAGUUAAAGCCUUGGCGCAGGAGGCGAACCUCGCGCAGAAGCGAGCUGGAGGUCACGACUUCACUGUCGGCCAGACCGCACGCGUCUUCUACGCGGCGGCCGGGGGCAGCGACGACUGGGUGGCGGCGGCGGGGCGCGUGCCGCUCGUGUACACCGUGGAGAUGCCGCGCGGCGGCAACUGGGGCUUCGACCUGCCGCCGUCCGCCAUCCAGCGCACCGUCAGCGCCUUCUGGCCCGCCGUACGCGUCAUGGGCCGGCACGUGCAGCGCUCCGCUUCGGAAAGAGCUGCUUAAAGCUUAAAGCAUUAUUCGCUCUGGAUCCUCUAUAUUCCUGAGGUACUACAUCUGUACUACGUUAUUACAUUAUCAGUAAACGUAAUUACC